GGAACCAGCGCCCGGCCUUUCCGCCGCCCCGCGCGGUCUCUGCGGCACCAGUUCCGGGCCCUGCUUCGCGGCGUCUGCUCCCGGGCUCCCCUCGCUCCGCGGCUCGGGGUCGUCGGCCGCGCGUAAACACCACGAUUUCGGCCCUUCCCUGGGCCCUGUUCGUCCCCUCUACCCAUGAGAGACUUCCCGAUCAAAAAUUUUGUUUUGGGCUGAUUUUAAGCAUUUUUCUGUUCAUAGCUGUGUGUUUGCACUCUGGGAACACUGGGAUCACUUUCAUCAUGCCAACAGUGGUGGUAAUGGACGUAUCCCUUUCCAUGACCCGACCUGUGUCUAUUGAGGGGUCUGAAGAAUAUCAACGCAAGCACCUAGCCGCCCAUGGUUUGACGAUGCUGUUUGAGCACAUGGCCACAAAUUAUAAGCUCGAGUUUACAGCCCUGGUGGUUUUUUCAUCACUCUGGGAGCUGAUGGUUCCCUUCACAAGAGAUUACAACACACUUCAGGAAGCACUAAGUAAUAUGGAUGAUUAUGAUAAAACCUGCUUGGAAUCUGCAUUAGUUGGUGUUUGCAAUAUUGUUCAGCAAGAAUGGGGUGGUGCAAUUCCUUGCCAGGUUGUUCUGGUGACAGAUGGCUGUCUUGGCAUUGGUAGAGGGUCACUGCGGCAUUCCCUAGCUACUCACAGUCAACGAAGCGAGAGCAACAGGUUUCCACUACCUUUUCCUUUCCCAUCUAAGUUAUACAUCAUGUGCAUGGCAAAUUUGGAGGAGCUUCAGAGUACUGAUUCUUUGGAUUGCCUUGAACGUCUCAUAGAUUUAAACAAUGGUGAAGGGCAGAUUUUUACUAUUGAUGGCCCCCUGUGCUUGAAAAAUGUACAGUCUAUGUUUGGAAAACUAAUAGAUCUAGCAUAUACGCCUUUCCAUGCUGUUCUCAAGUGCGGCCAUCUAACCGCUGAUGUGCAAGUCUUCCCCAGACCAGAGCCUUUUGUUGUAGAUGAGGAAAUCGAUCCCAUUCCUAAAGUCAUCAACACAGAUUUGGAAAUAGUGGGAUUUAUUGAUAUAGCUGAUAUUUCUAGUCCCCCAGUUCUGUCCAGACAUCUGGUCCUACCAAUAGCACUUAACAAAGAAGGUGAUGAGGUGGGUACUGGAAUAACUGAUGACAAUGAAGAUGAAAACUCAGCCAAUCAGAUUGCAGGCAAAAUACCCAACUUUUGUGUCUUGCUCCAUGGCAGCCUAAAAGUGGAAGGAAUGGUGGCAAUAGUUCAAUUAGGUCCUGAAUGGCAUGGAAUGCUCUACUCCCAAGCUGACAGCAAGAAGAAAUCAAACCUCAUGAUGUCUCUCUUUGAGCCUGGCCCAGAACCUCUCCCAUGGCUAGGGAAAAUGGCACAGUUGGGUCCUAUUUCAGAUGCUAAAGAAAACCCUUAUGGUGAAGAUGACAAUAAGAGCCCAUUCCCCCUGCAGCCCAAAAACAAACGCAGUUAUGCCCAGAAUGUGACUGUCUGGAUCAAACCCAGUGGCCUACAGACAGAUGUACAGAAGAUUUUAAGAAAUGCAAGGAAACUACCUGAAAAAACACAGACAUUCUAUAAGGAGCUAAACCGUUUACGAAAGGCCGCCCUGGCAUUUGGUUUCCUGGACCUGCUUAAAGGGGUGGCUGACAUGCUGGAAAGGGAGUGCACACUGCUGCCCGACACAGCGCACCCAGACGCUGCAUUCCAGUUGACCCAUGCUGCCCAGCAACUCAAGCUCGCCAGUACUGGCACCUCCGAGUAUGCUGGGUAUGAGCACAACAUCACACCUUUGCACACAGACUUCUCCGGAAGCAGCACCGAAAGAAUGUAAAGCCGACUUUGGGAGCCUUCCUUCUUUUGUCAUUCCAGGUGAAAAUGAUUUAGGGUAAAAACUUUUUAGUUUGUUCACCUCUGCAGGAGCCACCCGAAGAACUCCGAGGCUGUCUCAGAAGCACCACUUGCUGGUUUCAGUGACUCUGCUAGAGUCUGAGGGAGGUUCCGAAGAGUGGCUGCCAGUUUGGGCUUUGACUUUAGCUUUUGGGGGCUGAGUCUUUAAGCCCAAAAAAACGCUGUUGCUCCCACAAUGGGCACAUCUCAGAAACUUAAAGGACUGUUGAGCACAGAGCUCUCUCCCACUUCCUCAGGAAAUCUAACCAGCAAGGGCUCUCCAGCUUCCUGAAAGGCACCUUUUUCCUCUCCUCUCUCAACCAUAAGGACACUUUCAGGCUCCUGUCCUUAGAAUGAGUAGCCCAGACUGUCUGGGGCUUGCUAAAUACAAGCCCAACACCUAAUUAAGCUUCAGAACUUUCCUUAGAACUUGGGCAAAAACUUGGUGGCAACCCUUUGGUGCUUUUGGUAUGUCUUGAGAUACAGACUUUUAAGCGGCAACCGUAAAUGUAUAAAAUGAUUCCUGUUUCUUCAAGUUUUUUUUUUUUUUAAUGAAAAUAAAAUACUUGAUUUUCUAUGAAAUGGAUUCACUGGGAAGCUAAUGGGUCUUUGCCUUUUGGUCUGUCCUACCACCUGUGUAUAAUUUCGGCUUCCUAAGCGGCACAGGUUCAUAAGUCCCCAGAGUUCCUUGGGUUCCAUAUGGACUUCCUUGUUUCUGACAUUGGUUAGGUCUCUGCCUAAGCCAGGUUCCACCCGUGGAUUCUGACGGAUCACUGUGGUCAGUUACAGUACCUUUUCAUUAGCUAGCUUCAUGAUAUUAGGCAAGUCACAUAACUUCACUAAGCUUUGUUUAUGUCAUCGAUACUUUUCAAAUUGUUCUGUGGACUUCCUAAGGUAUUACUCCCUCCCUCGGGCUUUAACCCGAGCAACCAUUUUAACAUGCUAUAUAAUGUUUUCCCUGAACAAAGGACUUAUCAUUAACAACUUGAAAACCUAUCAGACUAAAUGAUCUUUAAACACAAGUUAUUAGGAUUUUGAUUGUAAAUGUUUAAUAGAAAUACACAAUCUUUUGCUUUCUCAGACAGCAAUAAAGGAGUUUUAACAAUCACUAAGAAUACAGGAUUCUGCCACAAAGAUGCAGCAUAUACUGCAAAGCUGAUCUGUCCAAAUAAACAUAGAAAGUCAAUUGAAAGAACAACGGAAGUUAACACAAACAAGUGUUGACAGAAGUUACAGACAUGCAAAAUACCCCUCAGUGCAGUGAACUUAAUAAAAAUCAGCCAGCCUAUGCUAAUCAGAUGUUUUUAGGUCAAACCAAGUUUCCAUAUUGGACUCAGAGAAACAGCAUAACUCACUGAGUCCCCCUUUCCCAAGAACAGUAGGAAUGGCAGAACAGAAAGAGCUAUCAUGCUCUUAAAUUCUUUAAUACAAGCAUUACUUCUAACAUAUUUUACUUGGUUAACUUGGAAUGUAUUAGAGGAAACAAUGUUUUUGACAAUGACCAAACUUUACAACGUCUGGAUUUUCCUCAGUUCCUCUGUUGGUGGGUUUCCUGCCAGGAAGCUUUGUUGAGCUUCUCCAGCCAAAGUUCUCACUCUGUUUUUACCGUCUGACGGCAGACAGGUGAAACCAAAGAAUAAAGCAGGUGUUUUUGAGGUCAGUUCUACCAGUCACUCUGACAGGUACACGAGUAAAUGGACUCAGCCAGUGCGGAGGAUGAUAGCAAGGUUUUUUAUGUAUGUGCACAGCCUGAGGCCAUUUUGUAGGUCUGUUUUGUCUGCUCCCAGGUUGCCACAGGCUGCACUGCCAGCCGCUGUCUUACUGCCAGUUUCACCCUCUGACACCCUGUAGCCAUUUGGGUUUGGAACUCUUAUAAUCUCAUUGUUUUCUAACUAAUGUUUCAUCUUUCUCUAGUGUUGAAAAUAGUUCUGAUUUAGCCAGGAAUGAAGUAAGUGAUCAUGGUGUUCCAAGGUUCUGACCGGUUUCUCCCAAAUCCUUCCAUGCCUCUCCCGUGCACACACACAGGUAAGCAUGUAGCAGGUGGUGUUAGAGGCCAAAAGAUUCAGAGGUAAUAGGUGUUCUCUAGCUCCACUCAGACUCAGAAAUGUUUUAUCAAUGACUGAGUUGAACUUGAUUUUCCAAAAAUCAAUGCCACCCCACUUAACAAGCAACUCCUUGGAUACAGAAUAUAUCCAAGGUCCUGCCUGAGUCACUUUCACAGCCCCCUGUAGAGGCAACAGUGUUUUUUUUCUUACAAGCAACAGCUGAAAAGAACAAUUCCCAGCUAUAAGAAUGGCCAGUACCUGGUAGGGUUAGGGCACUGAAGAAAUAUCUCUGGCCCGUGUGAGAGUGACAGGACAAGGAGUGUGGGGGGGUAGGGCUGAGUCUUUUGCGGUCAUUAAUGGAACACACAAGAACAAACCUGUCCUCAGAUACCAGGAACCCAUGUCAUGCAAGUACUACACUAAGUUCAGUAAAUUCAGGAAUGUUAUGGGGGAAAAGGGAAGAUAGCUUCACUGAGAAUUUAAUCAUUUAACUUUAAAAAAACUUUUACAUCAGUACAAGAAGGUAAAACUGUAAGAAUUAUAGAUUAGGCUCAAACUGGCAAGGAAUCCUCUCAAUCUUUGUUUUCAGUGGACCUUUUUCUUUUUUUGUCCGUAGCGCCGCCUGCGCUGUUUAUAAAGGUGACGAAAAUUUAUGUACAACCCUGAAAAAGAAAAGAAGCCAGUGAGAAAAGGGAAUCUUGGUCUGUAUUUAUAACCAGAAGCUCUUGGGGCAAAGACAGUCUCUAGAUGUCUGCCUAUCCUAUCCACCAGCACUGUGCUCACUGUAGGUGCUCAGAAAUUACAGCUUUGAACCAAGUUAUUAUCAAUGCACUGGAGACCCUUCAUUUUUUCCCCAGAGGGUUUAUAAUUUAACUUCCCUCCCAUAUUCUAAUAUGAAAAUUUUCAAACAUGCUGCAAGAUUAAAAUACUGUACAGGGAACACCACCUAGGUUUAAACUUUAAGUUUUUAUUAUAUUUGUCUGAGCACAUGCCCACUCCCACCUCAUCUUUGAUGUAUUUCACUGAAAGUAGCAGACAUCAGUAUACUUCACCCCGAAACAUUCCAUCAAUUAGAGUUCAGUUUUCUUUUUUUCUUCCUUUUAAGGUAAGAUUUACACAAAAUUAAAUAUACAAACCUUAAGUAUAAAAACAGCCCUAUUUUUAGUUCAACUUUUAAUAUAAUAAUGUGUAUUAAGCACUAGUCUAAAAGGUAUGAAAUGCUUUUCUAGGAAGUAAAUUCGAAAACGCAGGAUUUCAGAGUCAGAAAAAACUUUCCAAUCCUACUUGACUACUAACUAGUUCUAUGGCUUAGCCUCACCUCAGUUUCCUCGUUGUACAAGGUUAAAAACACCUAUUUUACAGGAUUACUAAGCAUGUGUAUUUGGAAAAGCACCUUGAUCUAUAUGCAAAUGUAACUGUAGUACUGCUUCUAAAUUAUGCAAAUUUGAGAUUUCAUUCUGACAAAUAAGAACCACAUUAUUCAUUGCAAGCAAACUAAAUAGGAGUAUAAAACCUUGUAAAUUAGAGUGUAUAACAAUAUAACCUGAAGAAAAGCCACUAAAGUUAAUGCACAUUAAAAUACUUCUACUCUUCUAACUUUUCUAGUAAAGUAUUUUAAGGGUCUUUCCAAUACUUCUUCCUCUUUUAACACUUUCAGUAUCAUGCCUCAUGGAGCCUAGUUGCAGUAAACCAGAUUUAUUUAUCCAGUAAUAGGGAUAAAGAAUUUUUUUAAUGAGUGCAUCUUCCAAAUUGAAGCUUACUCCCUUCAAGGGCUAAACAUUUUAACAUUUCUGCCUAGAAAUCUUUCUAAAAUAAAUGAUACCCUCUCUGAAAUAGGAAAGGAGAAAUUGCAUAAAAUUUAACCUUUGGCAAAUGAUCUACACCCAUACUGUGCUUCUGCCACGUGCUGAUACCUGGAGGCCCUCCUAAAGGGUAUGUGAUCAGUACUAACUGAUCAAGACCACUGAGCUUUUGGGGUUCUCGGGUUUACUUUUUGUGGUCUUCCUCUCACUGUGGUAACCACCACGAUGGUCCCCAGUGAUCCUACCUUCUGGGAUCUCAUACCCUUGUGUAUCCCCUCCUGUCCUCUACUAGGUUGGUCUGUGUAGCCAACAGAAUAUGGCAGAAGUGAUGGUAUGUCACUUCUGAGACAAAUGAGUCAAAUCAACAUGGUGUAUACCUUACUUAACUUUACGCAAUGUUAUAUGUCAAAUGUAUUUCAAUAAAAAAUAGAUAAAAUUUAAAAACAAAAAAGAGUGUGGCUUCUGCCUCUCAGACCACUUGUUCUGGGGGAAAGCCAUGCCACGAGCAGCCGCAUGGAGAUGUACUGUGGCAAGAAACUGAAGCCUCCUGUCUACAGCUACACGUGUGAGCUUGGAGCAGAUCCUCCAGCCCCAGUCAAGUCUGCAGAAACUGCAGUCCCCACUGGGCUGACAAACUGACUGAACCCUCAGGAGGGACCCUGAGCCGCCCAGCUAGACUGCUUUCUGACCCUCAGAAACACUGUGAGAUAACAAACGUUUGCUGUCUUAAGCAACUAAGUUUUGGGGUAAUUUGUUACACAGCAAUAGAUAACUAACAUAGUAUCCGCUCUCAUAUCCUGUUGCUAGAAGAGCAGACAGCCAUACUUAUUUAGGGCCACCUUAAGCUUUUUGAGAACUAAAACAGAAAUAUAUAGAUUAAAAUGCAUUAGAACUUUAUCUAAAGUAAACAGUCCUUACAGUUAGGAAGACUUUUAAAUUUCUCAUAUUUUCAAUAAUUAGGUUUGCUUCUUUUAAUUCUUAGUUUUUAUGAAUUAAGGCAAGAAUUUAUGAUUUUAUAUAAAAGUAAAUUAAUAUAUAAGCAGGUUUUACAUAAGGAACAGGGUGGGGGCUAAGGGAGCUUUCCUAUUGUUAAGUAGAAGGCUUUAUGACAUCUCUUGGCUGCUCAGAAGCCUUUACUGCCUUCUUCCUUCCUUGCUGCCGGUGGUAUUACCACCUCUGUGAACUCUAGAUAAGGAAUGUGUCAGUGAAAUUAUUAAAAUGAGCUUCUUAAAAGAGUUUCUUACAUUGUUUUAAACAUGAAAUAUGGUGAACUCCCAAUGACCAAGAAGAUAACCCCUGGAGAUUUGGAAGAUACACGUAGCAUAUUCUUGUGGGUCCGUUUCAUACAAGUAAUGUUUUUCUAACUCUACACUACUCUUCUAGAAAGAAAAUCCCUAAUAAGGACUUGGAAAACUUUGAAUCAUUUAAUUCUCUCUAAGAAGUGACUGGAAAAAGUCUAUUACAGAGCCAAUACUUACCUAAAAAUAAUAUUAUGAGAUAAAUCUGAAGAAAAAAGGAAAAUCUAACUUUGAUUUUCACUGGAUAUGGCAAUGUGAAACUGAAUCUUCCUGUUUCAUUGAAUACUGGAAUGGACUGGAUCACUGAGACAGCUGAGAGCAGAAAUAACUUGUCAGAAACAAAUGAGAUACAGUCCCAUCUAGCCUCCUUAAUACAGAGGGCUCGUGCCUCUUCCAUUCCCCACCCCCCUAGUUUUCACGUGAUAACCCUCCACACUGACAAAAGGAAGAUGAAUGAAGAGAACAGUCAUUUUGAUAGCACUGAGAUUCAGUCUUCUCUAAAAUGGAGAGAAAAAGCCCUACUUGACCCACCCACUAGGUGUGUGGUGGAUAAAAUGAAGUUGUCGCUAAGAACCUGCUUUGGAAAAUUUUAAAUACCGUAUAAAUAGGAAGCAUACAAUACAUGAACACCCAGCUUCCAAACUUUACAAAAACGAGCUACUUCCCUGAAACAGUCUGGGUACCAUGAGUACUAUGGAAGGAAGCCACGAGAAAGAAAUUCUUAAAAAGUCUAACACCCAUAUAUCAGACUAAGGCUGGCACAGGAAGAAAGAAAGUUUAGCUAUCUUUUAGCUUAGCUAUCUUUAGAACUAAGCUUAUAAAACCCAGUGUUCUUGAAAGUACCUUCUGCCAAACAUCCCAGAGGAUACAAGGGUAUCCACACAGUGUAGCGAAGCCAUGUGAGCACCUUCCAAUCCAUGUCAAUGCAGGAAAGCAUGUAGAAGGGGUACCUAUUGAAAAUAAGGAAUUCAGAUGUGAAAAGCCACUUCAGGUCCUGAAUGCAACCCUAGAACAUCAUUCAAGAAGAAUCAUUUCACAAUUAGCCACACAUGGCUUCUUCAGAACAGAAUUCUAAUCCUGGGCUCUCUACCCACUAACUCCCAUCACACCCCUCCUCCAAUUUUCAGUGGAUGUGAACUCUGAUGGCAGACUAAGUUUAGGUCCUAAGACAACCUUCUUUGGAAUAGUUCAGUACAUGGAGUGAAUGCUCAGAAGCUCUUUGGCUUCAUUCCUAGUUCU